GUCGCGUAUCUGCCGAUCUUGCUGCUCUUGUUCGCGACCGCUUGCUUCGUUCAUCCCUAGCGCGGAUUUCUCGGAUUUGUCAAUAUAUAUACUGCUGACUAGAAGGUAGCCUUCUUUCGUGUGUGAAGAAAGCUCAGAUUUAUUUUCUCGCAGUUUCAUCAUCUUUUCAUUUUCUCGGUGUUAUUUUAGAUUGUACUGCUUGCGAAAUGACACGCGUUUUGGUUGCCGGCGACUCGAUGGUGAAAUACUUGGACCAGUAUUUCCUAUCGCGUCGUCGUUUGUCAGUCAGUGUUGCCGCGCAUAGAGGAUUAAAGAUUGAGGAUUUGCUCUCAAUGAUUGCUGACAAGCUAGCUGGUUUUGAUGUUGUCAUCGUGCACGUUGGCACUAACAACACUGAUAACAGUGUCAGCGUGUGCAUCGACAAGUAUCGCCAGCUCGCUCAGGGGAUCAUUGAAAGGAAUUCCAUGGUGCAUGUAGCUUUUUCUGCCAUUCUUCCUCGGAGGCAGAAUUAGUACCGCCCAUGGGAAUAUCAGUACUCUUUGUUGAAUGACAACUACAAAAAGGUUAAUGCUGCCCUGAUGCAGUACUGCCACAAGUGUGGCUUCACUUUCCUGGGUGGUCUCGUGAACGACUGGCCCAGCUACCUGAGCAAGGAUGGUGUCCACCCGAGCCGCUUUGGUAACAAGGUGCUGGCAGACUACCUGUACCAGGAGGCCUGCACCUUGUCCAUCGAUCUGGAGAGAUGCCGCAUCCAGCAGUGCUACAAGGAGACCCAGGCACCUUCUUCAUGGACCGGCCGGACUCGCAGGACAGCAUCCCUGCCAUCUCAGAGGCUGACUUUCCCCCACUUGGUUUGCAUAUUUUCAUUUCUUCUCAAGCAGCAAGUGGACCUUCCACAGCACCAGCUCCUGUCUGGGAAGCCAGCACUGCUCCCUUGCAGAGGCACGACACCAACCAGCCGACCAGAACCCUUCAAGGUGCUGGCUUUUCACUUGUUGGCGGUGUCCGUGUCCGUUGCAAGGGUAGCAAGGCUUGGUGGACCUGGGACAGCCUGCCUUCCCCCAUUUUCCAUGGCACAAGUGUACCAAGCAGGGGAAAAGCUGAGGGGAGGUCUGAUGAGCCAAUGAUCCGUGGUCGAGGUGCAAGCACCACUUGUGUCAGGAGAACUAGG